GUAUUCGUUCCCACCCUCUUCAGUAAUUUGCCAGAGAGUUACUUGAUGGCGACAUGUUUGUGUUUACAGUCCAGUUUAGACUGAACGAGUAGAGGAACCAAAGAUGGAUGCUAAUAGAAUGGAGGACUCAUUUGAUCGUCUAAAGGCUCUUCCCUCCUCACGUGACUGUCCCUCCACUCCCAUGGAGUAUGAUGACCUGCCAGAGCUGCAGGAGUUGGACGAGAGCCCGUCCUCUCCAGUCCUGUUCCAUGUGGGGGCUGGUGUGUCCCGUCAGGAGUGUAUAGCUGGUUCCCCUCAUACUAACUGGCUGACUGAGCUGGCUAUCAUCGCUACCAGCCCUCAGAGCCCCCUGCUGCAGGAAGCUGCUCCCAUCGAGAGGUCAUCUCCUGUGCACAUCUUUUCCACCAAUCGUAGUUUACAUUCCUACGCCCGCCCCCCCCUGGCCAGCAGUGCACCCAGCCCCUCUAGAGGUCACCUCAGGGAACGCAGCAGACGUGUCAGGGCCAGCAGUGAGUCAGAGUCUGGUGUUUUCUCUAUGGCCUCCUUCUCUGAUGAUGAGGACAUGGGCUGGUCACACUCCUGGCCCUCUACAGCCUGGCACUGCUUCCUGAAAGGCACCCGCCUUCGGUUCCACAGGGGCCUUAACAAGGAGUGGCAGGAGGCUGAAGACCUGGGGGAUUCUGAUGACGAGUCAGAUGAUGAGAGAAGGACGCCGUUCACCUCCCUCAAGAGCUAUGGUUCUGAAGGUCUGAAGUUAGUGGCCCAUGAGGACAAUGUGUCCUACGGUCAGGCCGUCCUCAAACUCACCUUUGACCCCGGCUCGCCAGAAGAAGGCCUGUUAACGGCAGAGUGCAGAUUUGAUCACCCCUUCUUUGUGAAAAACAAAGGUUGGUCCUCAUUCUACCCCAGCCUGACGGUGGUGCAGCAUGGUAUCCCCUGCUAUGAGAUUCAGGUUGGGGACCUGUGUCUUCCCCCGGGACACAGGGACACCAUCAACUGUGAUGACUCUGAUGUCCUGGACACCUUCAGGAGUUAUGAUUUCACUCCUCUGGACUCGUCAGCUGUGUAUGUUCUGAGCAGCAUGGCCAGACAGCGUAGAACCUCCCAGUCCAGUAGUGGCGCUGUCUCCCCCGACCCAGAGAAACUCUCCGGCUCCCCCCACUCCUCCUCUGCCAGCAAAUCAAACAGGAGCAAUACCUCAGGGACGGUCCCCGGCGGGGCCACACCCACCAAAUGCAAACGGCCAAUGAACGCCUUCAUGCUCUUCGCUAAGAAGUACAGGAUGGAGUACACACAGAUGUACCCUGGGAAGGAUAACAGAGCCAUCAGCGUGAUCCUGGGUGAGAAAUGGAAGAAGAUGAAGAACGAGGAGAGGAGGAUGUACACCGUGGAGGCCAAGGCUCUGGCUGACGAGCAGAAGAGAGUCAACCCCGACUGCUGGAAACGCAAGAGAACCAACUCCGGGUCCCAGCAGCCCUAGAUGACCUAUGACCUCCAGACAUGUGUUUGGCGUGGAGAGGUCAGAGGUGAACUGACCGACCAAUCUGGCAAACCCACUAUCUCUCUAGCCCUGUUCCCAGAUCAGUUUUUGUUGUUGUUGCUGUAUAUCCAGCUUCCUAUGGUCAUUGGACUAUAAAGAAGGCACAAAACAGAUCUGGAACCAGGCCAGUUACUAUUUUUCUUUCUGCUUACCUGUCAAAUCAAUGAGACUUAACUGUGAUGCGGAAUACUCUUGCUUUUAUAAUCAUAUAGACAGCAGGACUACACACAUUUUAAGACAAAACAACAACUAUGAACUAUAUAUUAAAAAAGCAUCUAAUCUAGUGUCCACCCAUACGUACAAUGUAUGCACACAUGACUGUAAGUCGCUUUGGAUAAAAGCGUCUGCUAAAUGGCAUAUAUUAUUAUUAUUAUUAUUAUUAUAUUAUAUAUUAUUAGUGUAACUAACAGUGCUUAUAUUUAGUUAUAUUUUACAUACCAUACAGAUAUGCCUUAUUAUUCCUUUAUAACUCAGGCUCAGUUUUAUAUUUGUUCAGGUUAUUUCAUCUUUCGAUGCUUGAGACCUUGAGAUAAGGGUUGCAAAAUUCUGGUCACAAUUCCCUGUAUUUCCAGGAUUCCCGGUUGGAAGAUUUCCGGAAUAUGCAUGAAAUCCAACAUACUCCAACCAGGAUUUUCUGGAAAGCCUGGGAAUUUUGCGAGUUACUAGAAUUACUGAACCCUACUUGAGACCCAGUGGUGCUAAAAGCUCGGUGAAGGAACAAGUAGCAGUGAUACAAAAUGUAUAUUUUUUAUUGUAAAAAGAAAGAAAGGGAAUUUUAAAAAAGCAUUUUCUUCUCUUCUCAGCUUGUUGUUCAUAUUGAUUAUAGCUCCAUAUAUUGCACAGAUACAAAGCCUUUGAUACGUUGUAUCGUAUUAUCUGUGAGCUUGAAGGGCAAUAUAAAGUUUGUAAUACAUAUUGCCCAUCUGUGGCCUGAUUUGCCCUGAAACACGGAGAGGGACAUUUUCAUUUUCUGUUUUGAAACGUUUUUGCAUUCUGUGUCCUAUUGAACAUGACCACAGAUACCCUGUUGUCUGAUUCACGCUGUAGGGCUGACCCGAACCAUUCUGGCUUGGAUAUUUGAAUUUUCACAUUGUCCUUUUCUAGCAUGGUUCAGUAGAGGAUGUGUAACCAGGCCGUCUCAGUACGGAUCGGCUCGGCCCUGUAGUAGGAAUCAGCCAUUUGUUUGCCAAGCCACCUGGCCGGCUUACAUUUGGGCACAUGGAGGUUUUGCACACUCAUCCGAACAGCCCUUCAGGGCCAAGCGUUCACUGUAAGUGUUUUAAUUUCUUUUUGCACUUUAUAUACAUAUGUAGUCUUAUACAGUACAAGCAAUUAAAUGUAUGCUAGUGGAAGCUAUGUGUAUAUGGAUUUAAUGACUCGGUAGGUAUAUCUAGAUGACAUCUAUCGGUUUUCACUUUGACACAACCAUGGCCAAACUAUACAUGUCUAGCCUGUGUGCCAGUCCGUUUGUGCUCUGUCACAUGACAAUGAGUGAGUUGGCAAUAGAGUACAAACAGACUGGGACCUAGGCUAGUACAAGUCAUGUGAUGUUCUGCUCACAGGUUGCCAUGGCGUUGAGUUUAUACAGUUUUGUUGUUGAUAAUGUACAGGUCCACGCCCCACCAAACUGUUGCACAAAAUAUCAUUGUAUUAUUAUAUCAUUAAUAAAAGUUUAAACUUGCAAUCUUA